CUCCCUGUUGGGGAACAUCUUUAACUUCAUAUGCAUGAGACAUAUGAAUAGGCCGUCCCUCCUAAAGUAUUGCCAUAAAAACAAAAACACACUUAACAUUCAUAUAUAUAUGGGCAUCCCAAUCACAAUUGCACCACCAAUGUUGUGAUUGGGAAGCUACCAUCACUAUCACGCUAUAAUUGGCCAUAAUUUUGAAAUUAACACAAUGAUCCGUCUCAAUCUUAACCUCAUUCCUUCUCUUCUUACAAUUUUUGUUGUCGUUAUUUCAUGGAACUUGUUCUCUCCCUGCCAUGCGGACAAUUUCGGGUUCCCAGAAGGAUUCUCAGCUAAGGGAUCACAAAAUAGUGCAAAUAACUCAACAAUAUUAGCCGCACAAAGAACGCGGAGGAUUGACCCUAGUACUGAUUUCAAUUACUAUGAGGGUGGAUGGGAUAUUACCAAUACACAUUAUUAUAUGUCUGUUUCUUUUUCUGGUAUUUCUCCGGUUGUCAUUGGAGCCGUCUGGUGUUUCAUUGUGGCAUUAUGCUUCAUCAUCAUAGCUCUCGUACAUUGCUUAUGUUGCUGCUGCUGCCGCAAGAAAAAGCCUAGGACAGAUUACUCUCGAAAGACUUAUGCAAUAUCACUCAUCUUUCUCUCAGUCUUCUUGAUCAUGACAAUCAUUGGAGGGGGUUUCCUUUACACUGGACUGGGGAAAUUCCAAGCUACUGCACAUGAUGUAUCAGAUAUUCUGGUCACAAGAGCAACUACAGUGGUUGAUAUUAUUCAAAAUGUAAUAGACAAUCUUCAUGCGACUAAGGACAUACAAGUAGCUAGUUUCUAUCUUCCAGACGAUAUCAAGGGAGCCAUUGAAAAGGCUGAAAAAUUUUCCACUCAAACUGAUUAUAUUAAGAACCAAUCAGAGGAAACAGCAAGAAUCUCAAUGGAAUUCCUGGGCGCUAUAAGUGAAAGUCUUAUCAUUGUUGGUACUAUGAUGCUUAUCUUGGCUGCGGUUGGCUUCGUAAUCUCAAUUUUGGGGUGGAAAGUGAUCGUUUAUAUUUUACUUUUCUUUGGGUGGAUCCUCGUCACAUGCACUUUUAUAUUAAGCGGUAUAUCUUUAGUUGUUCACAAUGGGGUAACUGACACAUGUGUUGCAAUGGAGGAAUGGGUUCAGCACCCACGAGAUAAUACAGCUCUAAGCAAACUUCUUCCUUGCAUGGAUGAGAACACAGCCCAAAAAACCUUGGACAUAACCAGAAACACCUCAUUCCAAGUGGUCAAUUUGCUUAAUGCAUUUAUAAUUAAUAUAGCCAACGCCAAUAUGCCUCCUAUACAGGCUGAUAAGGACAUAUACUACAAUCAAUCUGGUCCAUCCAUGCCCCUCUUGUGCAAUCCGUUUCUUCCUGACUUGACCGAACGAGCAUGUGGUCCAAUGGAAGUAGACUUAAAGGGUGCAUCUAUUGCCUAUCAAAGUUUUUUAUGUAAUACAUCUCCAAAUGGUCGAUGCAUUACCAUGGGGAGAUUGACUCCUUCUCUCUACACAAAGGUUAUGGUGGCUACCAACAUGAGUGACACACUACGUCGACAUGGUCCACUGUUGGCUCGUUUAGUAGAUUGUUCCUUUGUUGUAGACACCUUUGAUCAAAUCAAUAAGGAUGAUUGUCAAAAUUUCAAGCGAUACAGCAAUCAAAUCUUCAUUGGCUUGGUGUUGGUCUCAGCUGCAGUUAUGUUUUCCGUGAUUUUGUGGAUAGUUUUUGUUAGAGAAAGACAAGUUCAAAUAUCUUCAAAGAAGUUUAAGAAAACACUAGUUGAAGCUCAAUAAGACCAAAAAAACUACAAUUUGAAAGAUAAUUAACUUCAUUGGAUAUGGAGUUUUCCCUAAUAUAUGCAACUUGCACUUUAGUGAGUAAAGUGCUAAAUUAAAGUCUUAAGUAUUGGUAAGAUUGAAUGGUAAAGUAUAAUAUUUUAUUUAAAUUAGAUGUAACUCCUCCAAAGGGGUAUUUAU